AAGCCCCGAGCAACAGUUUGUAAGGCAACCACAACAAAACCUCCCAAAUCAACACAAGAGGUGAAGUUUAAAAACUAGGAAGAGGCACCUGGAGCAACAGGAAAUUAUUUUCAGCAUAAUAGGGUGGCAGCCAGUUCAGUAUACGCUGUCCAAAACACAGUGUAGAAUCUCUAAUCUUUCCCUAAGCUGCAGUGAAACCUCAGAAGCAAGUCAUAAAUUCCACUUGAGAGGUUCUAAGGGUAUGGUCCUACUGACAAGACAUUGCAAAAGGCCGAAUUCGAACUUAUUGAACUUUGUUCCUUUGUCUUAAUGAAACGAGGUUCUUUACGCUGUGAGCUCGACUCGGCUCCACGGAGCGGCCUCCAGCAGGCUGCCAUGGGCGGGACGGGCGGGGAGCGGCUCCGGCCGUGCGGGCAGUCUCCGGUACAUCGUCUCGGGGCAGGAGCGCGGCCCACGCCCGGACACCGCGACCGAGCAGGAGCGCCGCGAGCGGCGCGGGCAGCGCGCCGGGCCCGCCGCGCCCCCAUUGGCUGCGCCGCGCGCGCCGCCCGCCCUCAUUGGCUGCGCCACGCCCCGUCCGCUGCUGAAGGGCCUUCGGCAGCUCACCGCCGCGCGCCGCCGAGCCACGCCCCCGGCCCGCCCCCAGGCCCGACCAAUGACCUCACGACAAGCGCAGCGCUGCCCGCAGAUCGCCCAUUGGCCGAACCACCCGCUUGUAAUAGUGGCGGUACCGCCCCUCGAGCAGAGGAAAAGCCCCCCGGGGAUUCACUGAGCACAAGAUGGCGGCGCUGGCCGCCCGCCAGAGCCCAGGCGGGGCUGCUGCCGCCGCCAUUAGGCCCCUUCCCCUCCCCUCCGGUACAGCCUUGCGUCCGCCUAGAGGAGGCCCAGGCAUGGCAGUGAGGAAGCGGCCGACUUUGCUCACCGCGAUCGGACCAGCUCCGACCUCAGCCGGCCCACGCUGCAACCAGCGGCUCCGGCACGGGACUGCCCCGCCGAUCGACCCAGCACGCCACAGUGGUCGUUUCCUCUCUCUCCAGGAGCUGUAGACCAGG